AUUCCUCAGCUCUGUCUACUUAAUGGCAUCCCCUUGUACCCGACGGUGUCAAACUUGUAUUUUCUUGCGUUUAUGUUCAUCUUUUUGUCGUCCCUUGCUAAACAUUUAUAUGAGGUCCUCUUAACCGGCGGGUCGUUGCAAACAUGGAGAAAUGAACAGAGGAUAUGGAUGAUAAAGUCGGUUACAUCUUACUUGUAUGGAAGCUUAGAUGCUAUCAUGAAGAAGAUUGGAAUGAGAGAAGCCAGUUUCCUGCUCACCAACAAAGUUGCGGACGAUGAACAAGUCAAACUAUACCAAAUGGGAAAAUUUGAUUUUCAAACAUCAAACAUGUUUCUUGUUCCAAUGGUUGCAGUAAUCAUCUUGAACAUGGCUUCGUUCGUCGGUGGACUUGUUAGAGUGAUCAUUGUCGGCAAUGGGGACAAGUUGUUUGUGCAAAUUUUCAUCUCAUUCUAUAUUUUAAUUAUUAAUUUUCCUAUAGUGGAGGGGAUGAUGAUGAGAAAAGACAAGGGACGUGUUCGAUCAUCGGCCACUCUGUUAUCUGCUAUGUUUUCGGCUAUUUACUUGUUUUUGGGUUCUAUCAUUCUUCUGUACUAAGUGGGACAUAAAUCAUGUAGUGCAUAUUUAUCGUAUAUUUUAGUACUAUUUUUU